UUUCAAUGGCGACCCAGAUACAGUUCAUAAUAAUAUAAUAUCUUUAGAAACGAAUACUAUUUUAUUCUGUUAAAGAGGUUUUGUGUAGUAUUGAUAUUAAGAGUGACCUGCACUGACUUUGCGGUGGGCGGAACUUUAACACUGACGACUACAAAACAGACGCACGUCAUCUUUCAAACUCCAGAGCAAGACGAGCGAUCAUGCAAAGUCAGACCUGAACCAGGCUUCAAGUAUGCCCUCUGCACACGUAAACAAGUUUUAGCAUAAGUGAACCAUGGAAAACUCUGGCAGACCUUACCGGCCUAGGCAAGAGAGAGGCUGGGAGAGGGGAGCAGGAGCAGACAGGGCAGAAAGCUGGAGAAUCCAGGACCAGGGUCGAGGACAGAACUACAGAUCAGAGGGAGGUCAGCAGGGCAAGUACCAGGGAGGGCCCUACCGGGCCAGUCCAAAGAAGGGAGGACUUGGGCCUAUGAGCUACUCUCCCGGUGGAUUCAGAGGUGGACACAGCCCCUCACAGAAGGAUGACCUUCGGUGGUUCUCAGGUCCUGAGAACAGUGGUGGGACUCGAGAAGAUAAUUGGAGAGAGCGCUCGCAACAGCAGCAUUGGAGGAGGAGUGCCCAGGGAGAAGGUCCAAAGGAGGACAGGGAGCAGGGGGGGAGAGAGGACACUGAUGGCAAUGCUCAUAAAUCAGAAACAUAUUCAGCACAUGUGUUUCUGCCUUCCGAAGGAAGAAGACGGAGAAACAGAAACAAGAAUAAACCUUAUGCUGAAGAGAACAGGGGCCCUAUGAUUGAAGAGUCCACACUCUCAGCCAAAGAGCUGCAAAGUCUACAGCAGGCAGAGAGGCGGCUUAACAGAGAGGAGAUCUACAGCCUGAAGAAGAGGUCCCAUAGCAACCCUGGUGCACUUUACACCUGCACUCUGUGUGAUACUCUGCUGGAGUCUGUGUCUGACGCUUACAGACACAUCAGAGACAAACGGCACAAGAAGAGGGCCAAGGAAAGGCAGGAGCAGGUGAUGCUGACUGAGAUUCUGCCUCCCGGUCCAGAGCAGAUCAGUGCAGUGAGUGCUGCACUAGAGGCUGUUGUCCGGGAACAUGGGCUGAAUGACCAGGAUGUUGAGACAAGACAAAAUGUUGUCUCUAUGAUGCAAGACCUCCUUCUGUCCGUCCUGCCUGAGAUCCGGCUCAGGCUAUAUGGAUCAUCUUGCACUAAGUUUGGAUUUAAGGAUUCUGAUGUCAACAUUGACAUUCAGUAUCCACCUCACAUGCAUCAGCCAGACGUCUUAUUGUUGGUCAAGGAGAGUCUCUCCGUGAGCCCUCUUUUUGUUGAUAUGGAAGCUGAUUUCCAUGCCAGGGUGCCUGUGGUCAUCUGCAAAGAGAAACAGAGCGGCCUGAUUUGCAAAGUGAGUGCAGGAAAUGAAAACGCUUUCCAAACCACCUCCUAUCUUUCUGCUCUAUCCAAUGGGGAGAAUCUCCUCCUCCCUCUGGUUUUGGGUCUCAGACGCUGGGCCCAGAUCUGUGAGAUCGACCGUGCAGAGGAAGGUGGGCUGCCGCCGUAUGUCUUCGCCCUCAUGGUGAUCUACUUCUUACAGCAGCGCAAACAGGCCCUCUUGCCAACCUACAUGAAGCCAGAGGUGGUUUCACUCAGCAGGUUGCCAGACUUCAAUCUCACCCAUACAGAGGAUGGACAUUUACACUGGGCUUACACCCCUUCCCCCAAAGAACAGCCAGCAGAGGGCUCCACCAUAAAGGGAAAGGUUCCUUUGGUGUUUCAGAGCCCUCGGCCGCCUGUUGAAGUUGGGCUUCUCUGGGUGGAAAUGCUUCGUUUUUACUCGUUGGAGUUCAACUUGGCUGACAAUGUCAUCAGUGUACGGACCAGUGCUGUCCUCUCCCGAGAGAUGAAAGACUGGCCAAAGAAACGCAUCGCUGUGGAGGAUCCAUUUGCGGUGAAGAGAAAUGUGGCCCGCACAGUGAACAGCCAGCAAAUGUACGAGUACAUCCUCCACUGCCUCAAAACCACAUACAAGCACUUUGCACUGCCACUCAACACGCCAGCUGCCAAUCACAAGAUAAAGGCACAGCGUGGACCUAUUAAAGGGGCAAACGCUGAGGCUUUGAGUGAAGAGACUGCAUGCCUAUCAGAUCUCGGUCAGCUAAGCAUUCAGUCACAACAUGCUAAUCAACCUCAAGCUGUAGAAAAUGGUCCUGAAGACUCUGAUUGCAUUAUUGAGGAAGAGGAGGAAGUUGAGGAGUAUAGUGACUCGGAUGAAGAACGAGAGAAAGAAAAAGUCGACCUGGGCAAAAGCAGUCUCUCCGAGGAUGAAGAAGACGAGGAUAUUGACGUGGACACGCACAACAGACACCAUUUAGACAGCGUCACGACAGAAGAUGAUGAGAUUUUCCCAGUGGACGAGAUCUCUGGGGAGGAGCUUUUGUCUGAUGAGGAGGGCCCAGACUUGGACACACCUGGUUCAUUGGAUGAGGAAGAGGAGGAAGAGGUGGAGCUGGCACCUGUGAGUGUCUCACCUGCAGUUUUAGAGGAUGCAAUUAAGGAUGAGGGCCCAGAAAAGAAAAACCAACAGAAGAAACGGUCGUAUGAGUUCACCAGGCAAGCUUUCACCAGAGGCAAGUCACACAUGGUUGUGUGCAGCCUGUGCAAGCGUGAUGGACAUCUGAAGAAAGACUGUCCGGAAGAUUUCAAGAAAGUGCAGCUGGAUCCUUUGCCCCCAAUGACACCAGAGUUUCUCAGUGUCCUUAACAAAGUCUGUGAGCAGUGCUUCACUGACUUUGCCCCAGAUGAACUGGAAGUGGGUGUAAGAGAGCACAUCCUUCAAGACCUGGAGACCUUUGUCAGACGACAGUUUGCUGGUGCUCGGCUACAACUGUUUGGAUCAUCCAAAAAUGGCUUUGGCUUCAGACAGAGUGACCUAGACAUCUGUAUGGUGCUGGAAGGGCAGGAGACUAUGGAUGAUGUUGACUGCAUUAGCAUCAUUGAAAGCUUGGCAAGACUGCUGAAAAAACACCCAGGUCUGAAGAACAUCCUGCCCAUCACCACCGCAAAAGUACCGAUCGUGAAGUUCUACCAUGUUCGCACUGGCCUGGAGGGAGACAUUAGCCUCUACAACACUCUGGCCCUGCACAACACACACCUGCUAGCAUCGUAUGCCGCCAUUGACAGGAGAGUGAAGAUCCUCUGUUACGUCAUGAAGGUUUUCGCCAAGAUGUGUGACAUUGGCGAUGCUUCACGUGGCAGCCUCUCGUCCUACGCUUACACCCUCAUGGUGCUGUUCUUUCUCCAGCAGAGAAAUCCACCAGUUAUCCCAGUGCUGCAAGAGAUUUAUGAUGGAAAGAAGAGGCCAGAGACGCUAGUUGACGGCUGGAACGUGUACUUCUUUGAUGAUUUAAAAACACUGCCUAGUCGCUGGCCACAGUGUGGAAAGAACACUGAGACUGUGGGGGAGCUGUGGCUCGGCCUGCUCCGCUUUUACACCGAGGACUUUGACUUCAGAGACCAUGUGGUCUGCAUCCGUCUGCACGACCGCCUCACCACCUUCAACAAGCAGUGGACGUCCAAAUAUAUCGUCAUUGAAGAUCCAUUUGACCUGAAUCAUAAUCUCGGUGCUGGUCUGUCCAGAAAAAUGACAAACUUCAUCAUGAAGGCUUUCAUCAAUGGCAGAACAGUGUUUGGCACGCCAGUCAAAGCCUUUCCUCCCGUGUACCCCAGUCAGAUGGAGUAUUUCUUUGAUCCUGAAGUCCUGACUGAGGGAGAAGUAGCUCCCAAUGACCGCUGCUGCCGCAUCUGUGGCAAGAUCGGCCACUUCAUGAAAGACUGCCCCAUGCGCAAGAAGUCCAGACACAGACGGGACUCAGAGAAAAGGCCAGAUCACCUGCGAGACAUGGCAGAGGACGGCAAGGAUCAGAUCAGACACAAGAGUGAUCACUGGAGGAAAAGAGAUUCACUGGAGGUGCGCUGCUGCUACCUGUGUGGAUCAAGUGCUCACAUCAAGAAGGACUGUCAGCUGUACAGAAGCCCUGCAGGUAAUAUGAAGAUGGAAGGCUUUUCUUCCUCUUCAGUCCACUUGAGGAAUCUGAGAGAAAAGGAGAGACAGGGUUCACCUUUACAAGAAGAGAAGAAGAGAAAACAACAAAAUGUGAUUUUAAGUCCACAAGCAGGUAGUUUAGCCUGCCGAAAUUUGGGUCGCUCUGGUCACCGGAAGAGCCCAGUGGAGUGAGCAGCAGCUGUGGCUACACAGACCACAAGCUUCUACUCUUGUCCAGACAGGCAGCAACCCAAAGUCCAGAAACCAUUGAAUCUGAAUGGGACUGUUGGGCCAAUGCGAGCCUGUUUAAAAGCCAAAGCCAGGACGCCUUGACUUGAAGCCAAAUAGGGCCUUUUUAUGUGUUUUCCCCCUCCUGAAGCUCUCCUCUGCAGAGGAGCUUUUUAAAGCUUUCAUUUUAACAAGAGAAGCCAUUAUGCAUGCACCUCAUGUCUUUGUUUACCUACACUGCCAGUCAAGUUUUUUUUUUGUUUUUUUUUUAUAAUUUAAUUUCAAGGAAUGUUAUUGCAGAUUCAUGUGAAAUAUCUUGCAUUAGAAAAUGUAAGUGAUUGAAAAGUGUCUCUUACAUGACUAAUAGUCCAUAGCUUCGAUCUUAAACACCAUAUUAAGGUAUCCUUUGCAGACAACAUACUAUAAAAUUUUCUUAGACUUGAUAAAUACACUUUUUUUUUCAACUGUCCUCGCAGUCUGAUAAGACCAUGUGUUCAUAAACACUGCCACAGCUGUAAGACGAGUGGACGUGGUGAUAUGUGGAAUAGCCGGUUGUCUGCUUAUUUAAAGUGACUUGAGGUCAGUUAGACUCGAGAUGAAGGCCAUUUCAAACUUGACUAAGAAUUCACUUGUCAGUUCACAUAUUCCUUUUUUUAUAUAAUUACAAGGUGUUUAGGACUCAUUUAAAAUGUGUGCUUUCAUAACAAUUACAGUAUAGUUUGUUCCAAAACUUUGUAAUGGCAGUGUACAUAAUGGCCAGGAUUUUUUUUUUAAAUCAAAUUUCUUUUAAACCCUGUUUUAAUUUGUCCUCUGCACUGGUCCAGCUGGUAGUGUACACUGCUGCAAACACUUACUCAUAAACUAGAGGUAAUCCUGGUUAGUUCAGUGAAGAGAUAAAUGUAUUUAUUUGCCACAAAGGCUUCAUUUUGUUGUAAUGGUGCCACAGAUUGGUAGCUGCACUGUGUGAGGGUACACACCCUUUAAUUAUGUUGCUGCUAGUUGAUGUCUCAAAGACCUGCUUAUCAUUCAUCUUUGAAGAUGGACUGUCUGGCUUUAUUGUUGUCUUAAUAUGGCUGAAUUUUAUUAAAAGAAAUGUGUUGUUGAUGGUAUUGUAAUCAAAAUUCUCAUUUUAAAGUAGCUUUGUUUUAAUGCCAGCUUUAUUGCAUUUCUUUUGUUGGACUCAAAUGGGAGGUUUAGUUUGUUAUUAAGGAACUCUGAUCCUGCCAGGAAAGGUUGGCUUGCAAUCCAUUUUGUGUCUCAAAGAAUUCAUUAAACUGAAAUCAAAUUCCAGUGUUUUCCUUUUUUUUCCAAUACAAGGUUUAUUUAUAUCAGACUGUGCAUUUACAAAACAGUCAUUAGUGAUGUGCAACUCCAACAAUACAAUUGAAAUUAUGGGUG